ACAAAACAUUUCACUGACACACACACACAUAUACACAAAAGCGAAUUCAAUGAAAUGGAAAUGAUCAAACAUUUUAAUCGUAAAAAUUCAUCUUUAAUAACCAAUAUUUUCUAUCAUUCUAUUGGUCUAUUGUUUUUCAUUAUGAAAUUUGGUCAAAAGAAAAAUUCAAAUACUCAAACCGAUUUGAAAAUCUCAUCACAAAAAACGUGGCUAGAAUGGAUUCAUCAAAUUCAUCAUUUGGAUCAUUUACAUCCAUUAAUUCGAUUAUUUAUUCCAUAUAAAAGUUUACAAUAUUUUAAUGAUUAUUAUAACUAUGUACGACGUAUCCACCAUCAUCGGCAACAAACAAAUGAAAAUGCUAAAUCACCAAUUGUAUCGUUUCUAUUAUACAAUAAUCAUUGUUCAUAUGGCAAAAUUAAUACAUCUAACAUUCUUAUAUUUAUCACGUAAUCAUACAGAUGAUAUGAUAAAAAUUAUUCAAGGUGACAUAUCCAUCAUAUUCCAGCAUUCUGGCAACUUUUUAUUCGACCAUUUCAUAUUGGAAAUCGUAUAUUGGCUGAUAUUUUAUUCAGUCAUGAUCAUCCAGAACGUCGAUAUUUCAUUCCACCAUAUAAGAUUUAUGACUAUUCAGCCGUUAAUUGUAUCAAAUGGACUGGUUGGUCAUGUGCAAAUGUUUUACAUUUAUUUUUUCCAAUUUUACAUAUAAUAACUUUAAUUCUUUUAUCGACAAUUAUCGAAUAUAUUGUGGAACAUUGUGAAUAUUUUCAAAUCGAUAAUGGUGUAUAUUUGAUUAUAACAUUGAUAUUGAUAUUUAUAAUUGUAAUAAUUGUUACAAUUAUUGGUUAUUCAUUAAUUUUUUUCUUCAUCAAUAUCAGUAUCAUGAUUGUUUGUCAAGGUUUAAUGAUAUUAUUAUUUAUUUGGAUACGAUUAUGGCAAGCACGAAAUUAUCUUCGAUUAAUAUCGCUCAAAUCCAAUAUUGAUCAUAUACAACGUUCAUUGAAAAAAUUUAUUAAAUUUCAACGACAAACCAUUUCGUUGAUCAUUUUGGUGGAUCGUUUUUAUAGUAAAUCAUUUCUAUUGAUUAUGUUGAUUAGUUUGCCGAUCAAUAUUUUUGCUAUUAUUGAAUUAAUUUGUGGUAAUGCAAUGAAAUUUAUUAUUAUAAUACUUGCAUUACAUGAAUGGUUGAUUAUAUUUGCCUUGCAUUUAUUGAUUGCAACAAUCAAUGAACGUAUAAAAUUAUCCAAUAAACAAAUGUUUGGCAUAUUGGCAAGAACAACAACAACAACAAUAACAAAACGAAUCGUUACAAAUCAUCAACCAAAUUCAUUUUAUUUUAAUUGGAAUUGUAAUUGUUACCUGCAGACAAUGUAUACGCAAAUAAGACCAUAUGGUUUUACAUAUGGAUCAAUUAGUUUAGUAUCGAUGCAAUCAUUUGUAUUGUUGACCGUUGGCUAUAUUCAAGGAAUAUUAUUCUUUUAUAAAUUAUUCAAUCACCUAUGAUCAAUCAAUUAAUCAUUUUGUAAUCGAAUAAAUCGCCUCAUCCGUUGACCAAUGGACCAUAUGAAUAUCGUAUAAGCAAAGAUCAUAAUCCAUGAACAAAUAUUGGCCAAUAUAUGCCACAAAUAGCCAUCAAUAUAAUGUGGCCAAUAUAAACGUAAAUGUUGAUGAAGGAUAUGUUUAAAUUUUGGUAAUUGUUUGGCAGAAAUGAUGAAAAAAACAACACUUGUCCAUGAAGAAAUUACAUACAGAAUUGUCGAUAUAAACAUUGUUAUCGGUUUGGAUUCAACUUGGCCAUAAUCGUAUAAUUUUUUACAUAAAAAACACAUAAGAAACAUGUAUAUAGAUGUCGCCAAAUACAUCCAACAAAUACCAAUUGAAUGAAUGAUAAAUUGUUGAUUUGAACGGAAAUUAAUCCAAAUCAAUGUACCGAUGGUGGCCAAAAUUGCUACAAUCAAUGCUUGAUGAUUUCUUUGCUGUAAUUUUUGUAUCGUCUGUUGUGAUUCACUAUUCAUAUUUGUUUCUUUUGUCAUAGCCAUAUUAAAAUAGUAUUUCAAUUGUCGAUAACGAUAAA